AUGGGACGAAAACGUUUGUCAAGUAACGAUUCGACAACAACAAUUACCAGUCAUUCGCCAUCGAAAUCAGCAACCGGAGGAAUGCAACAAAGAAAUGCAGCAAAUGCUCGAGAACGUGCACGAAUGCGCGUUUUAAGCAAAGCAUUCAUUAAAUUAAAAACUCAUCUACCAUGGGUUCCACAUGAUACAAAAUUAUCUAAACUUGAUACACUUCGUUUAGCAACAAGUUAUAUUCUUCAUUUAACACAAAUACUUGAUAAUGAUGAACUUUCUCUUCAAACUGUAUCAACUCCGGCAACCACAACAACAACAACAACAACGACGACAGCAACAUCUAUUUCGAUUCAAGCGCCGAAUAGUUUUAGUUGGCCAUACUCAUCAUGUCAUCGAGCUUCGUCUUUAUGUUCAAUGAAUGGUCGAUUAUCUACGUCAUCGUCAACGGCAAACCAUUGUUAUUCAAAUCAAGAAUAUGAUUAUCAGAUUCAAUCUGAGCUUCUUAAUGAGCAUCAAGAAAAUAUUAUGGAAGAAAAACCUCGUGUUUGUUGA